CCAUCCAUCACGUCUCCGAAGUCCGAACCCGGUCCCGAGUCCCCAAUCCCGCCAUGGAUCCGGCGCCGCAGGCCCACCCCAUCCUCUCCUACGUGCUCUCCCGCAUCCCCACCCUCUCCAAGUCCAAACCCUCCUGCGGCGACUUCGACAUCGUGCAGCCGCCCGUGCACACGCCGUCCCCACGGACGCCUUCCUCCGCGGUGGAGUUCGAGCUCGUCGAGCGCAUGCUGGGGUUGCGCCACCCGUCCGUGCUCCGCGCCAUGACCCGCGCCGUCGCCGGCGUCUCCGUCGCGCGCUCCGUGCUCCAGGUGCUCGGCCCGCGGCCCGAUCACGAGCUCGUCGACUCCUCGCGCGCCAUCGUCGCGGCGGCCGAGACGGGGGACUCGCGGAUCCCCGAGGCCGAUCUUGAGGCGUGCCGCGCGGUGGUGCGGCUAGAGGAGACGCACGACUCGUACGAGGCCCUGCUGCAGGAGGCCGAGGGAAGGCUCGAGAGGGUGUACCGGUCCGCGAUGCAGGGAACGGACCUGGAUGAUGAGUGGGCGGAUGACGAGGAGGAUGGGCCAGUGGGCGCUGGGGACGGGGAUGCGGCUGUGCAGGAGGAGGUGGUGGCGGUGCUCAAGCAGGCCGAGGAGGCGAAGCCGAUCGAGAGCGUGCGCUUCGAUCGGCAGCUGCGGCUACUGCCUUAGGCGUUCGGGAGGAUCCAGGGGCUCCGCGUGCUCGACGUCUCGCGCAACCAGCUUGAGGUUAUUCCAGAUGCUAUAGGAGGACUUGAUCAUCUUGAGGAGCUUCGCCUUUUUGCCAAUGCUUUGGUUUCUCUUCCUGAUUCCAUUGGACUGCUAUCCAAUCUGAAGAUUCUGAAUGUUUCGAGUAACAGGCUGAGGGAACUUCCAGAUAGCAUCUCAAAGUGCAGGUCACUGGUUGAGCUCGAUGCAAGCUACAACGGGCUCACUUAUCUUCCAACAAAUAUUGGCUACGAGCUGGUAAAUCUGCAGAAACUCUGGAUCCACUUGAACAAAUUGCGGUCUCUUCCAUCAUCUAUCCGUGAGAUGACAUCACUCUACCUCCUGGAUGCCCAUUUCAAUGAACUCUGCGGUCUGCCGUAUGCCUUUGGGAAACUUAGCAGUCUUGAAAUUCUCAACCUUAGCAGCAACUUUAGUGACUUGAAGGAGCUCCCUGCGUCAUUUGGUGACCUUCUGAAUCUGCGUGAGCUUGACCUGAGCAACAACCAGAUCCAUGCUCUUCCUGACACUUUUGGUCGGCUGGAUAAACUGGAGAAGCUUAACCUGGAGCAGAAUCCCCUGGCCACGCCACCAAUGGACGUUUUUUUCUAGAACGUGCAAUGCACGUAUUUCAUUAAGGAGAAACAGUAAAGGUUCGAUACAAGACUUAAGAACCGAAGCUCCCAAGGGCUACCCUACGUCACGGUGGAGACCCGGGCACGAAACAAGAAAGGUUUAAAAAAACCAAACCAAGAAAGGGACGACCUAAGGACCGACCAAAGGAGGAAGAGACUGAGCAUUAAACAUAACUAAAAGACGCGACAAGCCCUUAGAACCCGCAAGAUUCCAUAGAGUAGUCUCCUCCCGGAUACUACGCACUAAUUCGGGGGGGGGGGGAGGUACUCCGGCCAAAGACGCGAGCGUUUCGCUCCCUUCAUAUCCGCCACGCUAUGAGGAUGAAAAGGGAGUCAAACUAGACCGGAGAUCCUUCGUGACCACCUUGCGGCUAUCGAGCCACCAGUCCACCACGGAAGAGUGGGGAGGGGGGUUAGGCGAUGCAUGCAACCCAAACGGAGGACAUAGAGAAUCGAGUACUAUACACUUGAUAGAGAAUCGAGUACUAUACAACAACAGUUUCUUGUUGUAUGAUGUUAUUUUGUCGUGUAUGUUUGCAAUCCUCCGUAUACGACACAUAUAAAAAAGGGGAAGCUCAGCCGGCCUUUAGGACGGCCCGGUCGUUCCCUCCUCCCUUUUGCCGUGUGGCCCAGCCAGUCGGCCCGGCCCGCUUGCCCCCUUAUCCCCUCCCCCACCAUAGCCCUAGGGAGGGGACUGGGCUACUGUGCCCUUUUCUUCUCCCCGUCGCCUCCCUCACCUCUCUCGGCUCCCCGCGCAGCCUCUUCCCUCGCGCGCGCCACCCGCCUGGCUCCCUUACCCGCGUCGCCGUGCGCGUGCCCAGCCAAGCCGGCUCUCUCGUCUCCCUCGCGCUCCCCAGCCGCGCGCGCUUCUCUCUCCUCACCCUUGCCCCUCUCUGCUCCUCAAGCCCGGGCCGUCCGAGCUCGCUGCCCCGGCCGCGCUCGUGUCGUGCCCGAGCCACGCCACCUUGAGCCGCUCACCCCUCCUCGUCUCAUCCUCAUGCUUAUCCUCUCCCCCAUCCUUAUCUCUUCCCCUUCCAAAUCCCAACUCUCGAUUCGUGCUCUCCGUGUGGGAACUCCCCUCGUCACCGGCUAUAAAAGGCAUAGGGUGUUCGCAGAGAGGGAGGAGGCCGGAUCGGCGAGAUAGAGAAAGAGAGAGAGAGAGAGAGAGAGAGAGAGAGAAGAGAGAUAGAGAGAGGAGAGAUUUUCCCCUUCAAUCCACUACUUGUUGUCAGCUUUUGCCGUUGCCGGAGCGCCAUAGCCAUCUUUGCUAAUGCCGGUGGGUCUCGGCGAUGAUCUACUCCCCCUCCCCUUCCAUCUGUGCUCCAGGUGUGCCAGGCGGCGCCUUGGCAUCGCGUCCGUGCCCGUAGAUGUUUGGCCGGCCGACGCCUCGACAUCACGUUCGUGCCCGUAGGUGUUUUAGCCAGUCAAUGACUCAUCGCUACAUCCGUGCGUGUGGUGCUAUUGUGGUGGCCGUGUGUUUGUCCGGCUGUUUUGCGGAGCCAUGGUGAUUUUGGGUCGGCAGUGCUUGUUGUGAUGGCCCUAUGGUGUUGUGCUGUUCUUGUUGAUGGUCGAUGGGUGUUUUAGUGAUUUGGGUGGCCGGUUGAUGUUCUGGUGAUGAUGGAGGCCGGCUUGUUCUGGUGGUAGUGUUGAUUCGGCUGGUGUUUUUGGUGUGGUGGCCGGCUAUAUUCGAUUUUCGGUGAUGAUGGAGCUGUGUUGUGGUGGCUGACUGGAGUUGUGGUGAUGCUUUGUGGUGGCCGGCAGGGAUCCAGAGGGCCACCGGCGAGCCGGCCGGGAGCCUGGGGGUCGCUGGGCAUUUUGUGCUGGAAGCCUUGAUGGUCUGGUGUCGUGGUGUUUGUGAUGAAGCCCGACCUUGUAGUUCUUUUCUCUGUGUUCCUGGUCGAUGAUAUAUUGGAGGCCCUCCGCUAUUUUACUCGGAAACUGAGUUCGAUGAUAUAUUGGAGGCCCUCCGCUAUUUUACUCGGAAACUGAGUCCAGCCGUUGGUUGGCGCCACGCUCAUCGUGGUGCCGUUGACUGGCUGGCCGAUGAUAUUACUGUGCCUUUGUUGCCGGUACUGUGCAUACAUGUCUACCAGCUUGUUGUUGUUGUCCUCCUGACACUGAAUAGGAGGUCUGCCUAUUCUGAAGAGCUAUACUUCCUAAGAGUAUUAUCUGUUCUGUGUUGUGGCUUGGUGUGACCUUGCUGCCUACCCUCCCUCCUGUUGUCUGUCACUGGUCAAGUGUUGAAAAUAGCAGAUGACAUUGUUUCCUCUCCCUUUGAUGGCUAAAUAGGGAUGUAUUAGUCUCUUCAGGGAUCUGUUAUUUUGGUGGCUUGAUGGUCACCAUGGGUAUACAGGAGGUGUCAUUGAUUACUUGUGUUGGCUAAAUGCUAGCCGAUGAUGUCUAGUGUUGGUCUAGUCCAUCUAUUUAGUUGAUGAAUGGAUUACACGGGUUGCAGCUUGUCUUUUGCCCCUGAUUAGAUCUAUAGUUGAUAUUUUUUUCUGUCUUUUAGGAAUUGAAGGUUCGCCAUAUGUGUUGUUGGUAGUAAAGAUAUAUUAGGCUUCUUCGAGGGUCUAUGUGCUGUUGUUGGCCUUUGAGUACAUAUGUGUUUAUCUUGUUCACCUCAUGACUGUCGUGAUGCUGGUAGAAUGAUACCUAGUGCUAGUAGGCUUGCCUUUGUGACUAGGCCGGUGACCGUUUUGCUGGUUGGUUGCUGUCUCGGAUGGUUAGAGUGGGGCUGAUCCGAGCACUGUUGCCCUGUUACUGUCUAUUUGGCACUUGUUGUUAUUGCAAAACUGAGAAUAGGGGUUGUGUUACUUACUCUUUGUUUUGGCUGAUGAUCUGUUGGUGGCUGGGAAGGCCAUCUGUGGCUUCAUGACCUUCUCCCAUUGUUAUCCUCUUCAUGAUACCUUUAUGAUAGCUGAUUUCAAAGGUCCCUUGUGUUAGCUGAUGGGAGUGGGCUAAGUUACUUCUAUGGUUCUUUACCAUUCGCUGGACAACCUGUGAUGUUCUGCUGCUAUCGUUAGUUUAGCUGAGUUGUUGCCGAUUACGUGCUUUGUCUGGUGGUGACUACCUCAUGUUGAGUUGUGACGACAGUGUGGCUUGACCAUGGUCUUGCCCUUGUUAUCACCCUGUUUUGCUUUGUGGCAUUUUGCCUUGCAGCUUACUGUUGGAUCCUUUCUACUGUUCAUCUGCGAUCACCCUUUUUGCAUGUGUUGCGGAGUUGCCAUGGGAUGUUAUUGAGUUUAGAUGUCGUAGAUAGGAGUCUAGAAGCAUUGGUCAGUUCGUCGGGAUCUCGUUAGGUUGUAGCUGGCAAACUGCUAGGCAUCUAGACUCUCUCACUCUAUUCUCGUGUAGUACCUGAGGCUAUGGCCGAUGAUGAGGGUCUACAGUUUCUGAGGCCUGUGUGGCCGAUGAUAGUCCGGGAUAUAUAGACAGUCCAUAAAGCUCAUGCUAGACUGUUUGUCCCGUUUCUUCUACCGUUUUAUUUUCUGACGCUUACUUUGCUUGGUCUGUGAUGUAUGUGACUACAGCCUUGCAGACUCGGAGACGACCUGACGACGACCAGUCAAACGCAGUUUAAUCGGAGGUAGUCCGGCCGUAAGCCGAACGUGAUUAACCGGUGGCCUCACGAGGCCCCGGGAACCAGGACACAGUCGCUUGAAGAAUAGUCAAUAGCGUGUGCGUAUGUACAUGUGU